AUUAGCAUGAUCCUCCUGCGCCUCCGCUGCUGCUGCUGCACUGCUGUUCAUUCAUCGGAUCAGCUGCGGCUGUGCCUGCCCGCAGGAAGGCUGUGCGGCCGUGUCUGGACGUUCCUCGCCCCCCUGUGUGUGCUGCGUCUUAUCAGGGGCUUCUGUAAACGCUGUCUGACAGCUGCUGGAUUAUUUUUGCUCAUUUUGUUCCUGUGCAUCGUCGUCACGUUUAAUUGCAUGCAGUCCUGAUGCAGAGGAGGGACGAUGCGCAUGCAGGACAGGCAGCGCUGAUGGAGCUUUACUGAGUGGAAUAUUUCAGAAAUUGGCAUUUUUUCCCAUCCCUGUGCAUCCUGUGACUUUCAUAAACACUCACAAAUGUGCUGUGCAGCCUGUGAGGAGAGGAAGCACCUGCUCAGCACAACUGCAGAAACCUCGAUGUAAAAUGGAGGAUAGUUUUGAUUGCGACUGUGGUGAGCUUGAGCCACCCGAUCACUGACGGAGAGCGAUCCUGCUGAAGUCGGCUAACUUUCCCGUUUUCGGACGCCGGCCGCUUUGGAACAGGAGACGAGAAAGGAAGAAACGGCCAGCCUGGUUAAACCAAACUUGUGCUUAGUGAGCACGUUAGGAUGAUGCUGCUGCUCAGGACGAGUCGUACACUGAAUGUAUCGGCGCUGUGAGGAUGCUGCCAGUGCUGGUCGACACUUUAUUUAAUUUACUCGCGGAGAUUCUCGUUUGGCCCCCUCGAGUCCAUCCCAGCACAGGCCGCUCGGUUCACAUUUUGAGGAAGGAAAGCAGGUUUGAGAAGGAAGCCCCUUUGUUUUAGAAGAAAAUAGGCAGCCCCAAAAAGUUUUUAUUCUUUCCGAUUUUUGUUUAUUUUUUCUAACGAUGGCACGUUGUUGACGUCUCAUCGGCGUUUUGCUGCUUUGCUAUGAGAAGGCUGUGAGGGGGGAGCACUGAAGCGCCCAAUAGCGUGCGCCUCUCGCUUUCACGCAAAGAAAUUGCAGGUAGUUUUAGGAUUUUUCAUUUUCUUUGAGUCAAAAGGCAAGUCGGAAGGGUCAUCCCACCGUGUAGCGCUCCUCAGACACAAACAGGGCAAAACCGGCGCCCUCGACAUAUCAAGGUAAACCGAUUAGUCCGUUAUAACCGUGGCGAGUGGCGGCGCCGUUUCGCCGAGGAUGGCGGAGAAGUUCGAAAGCCUCAUGAACAUUCACGGGUUUGACCUCGGCCCCCGUUACAUGGACUUGAAGCCGCUGGGCUACGGAGGCAACGGCCUGGUGUUCUCCGCCGUGGACACGGACUGCGACAAGCGGGUGGCCGUGAAAAAAAUCAUCCUGACGGACCCUCAGAGCGUCAAGCACGCGCUCCGCGAGAUCAAGAUCAUCCGGCGGCUCGACCAUGACAACAUCGUCAAAGUGUUCGAGACGCUGGGCCCCAGCGGCCGGCGGCUGACCGAGGACGUGACCUCGCUGACCGAAGUCAACUCCGUCUACAUCGUGCAGGAGUACAUGGAGACGGACUUGUGCAAGGUUCUGGAGCAGGGCCCGCUCUCCGAGGGCCACGCGCGCCUCUUCAUGUACCAGCUGCUCCGCGGCCUCAAGUACAUCCACUCGGCCAACGUCCUUCACCGAGACCUCAAACCCGCCAACCUGUUCGUCAACACGGAGGACCUGGUGCUCAAAAUCGGAGAUUUCGGCCUGGCCCGCAUCAUGGACCCCCACUACUCACACAAGGGUCACCUGUCAGAAGGUCUGGUCACUAAGUGGUAUCGUUCCCCUCGUCUCCUGCUGUCCCCCAAUAACUACACUAAAGCCAUUGACAUGUGGGCAGCCGGCUGCAUCUUCGCUGAAAUGCUCACAGGGAAAACACUCUUUGCAGGUGCUCAUGAGCUGGAACAGAUGCAGUUGAUCCUGGAGUCCAUUCCUGUGAUUCAUGAGGAGGACCGACAGGAGCUGCAAAGCGUUAUCCCCGUAUUCAUUAAGAACGACAUGUCUGUACCCCACACGCCGCUGGCCAAACUGCUGCCAGGGGUCAGCGCUGAGGCUCUGGAUUUCCUGGAAAAGAUCCUGACUUUUAACCCCAUGGACCGGCUGACGGCAGAGGAGGCCCUGGCGCACCCUUACAUGAGCGACUACUCGUUUCCUCUGGACGAGCCCGUGUCCUCUCAUCCUUUCCACAUUGAGGACGAGGUGGACGACAUCCUGCUCAUGGACGAGAGCCACAGCCACGUCUACAACUGGGACAGGUACCACGACAGCCAGCUAUCGGAACCAGACUGGCACCUGCACAGCACAGUGGAGGCGGAGGAGGUCCAGCGCGACCCCCGCGCCCUCUCGGACGUCACAGACGACGAAGAGGUGCAGGUGGACCCGCGCAAGUACGCGGACGCCGACAGCGAAAAGUUCCUGGACGACCCAGCGGCCUUCGACUUCCCUCCGGAGCGCUCGUGGCCUCAGUACGAUGACCAUCACGAAAACAAGUACUGCGAUCUGGAGUGCAGCCACACCUGCAACUACAAGGCGGUCUCUCCAUCCUAUCUGGACAACCUGAUCUGGCGGGAGAGCGAGGUGAACCACUAUUAUGAGCCCAAGCUUAUCAUAGACCUGUCCAACUGGAAAGAGCAGCAAAGCAAAGAGAAAGGAGACAAGAAGAGCAAAAGUAAGUGUGAGAAAAACGGCUUGGUCAAAGCUCAGAUCGCUCUGCAGGAGGCCAGCCAGAGCCCGCCGGAGAAGGACCGCAAGCAGGAGAAACAUCAGAACCAAGGCUUCGAUUUCGACUCCUUCAUAGCCGGCACCAUCAGGCUAAGCCUUCAGCCCGAGCCCAGUCAGGUAGGCCUCUUGAACGAGCUCAACACCUCCGUGUCCCAGCUGUCCAAGUCAGUCAGCCAGGAAAAGGACGAGAAGUGCCAGGUGAACCUGGCUCAGCAGGGCGGCCGCCCACCGUGCCCUUGGGACAGCUACGGAAGUCCAGGGCCAGACGAAAGUUACUGCCUAAUCGAUGAGGCCUGCUGGGACGCCCAAAAAGAAGGCAAUGUCGGCGGAGGAGGCGGAUACACCAGCUACUUAGACCGGCUCUUCAGCAAGCGGGACGAAAGCGCAAUGAUCACGCCUCCCGAAUCUCCCGAAGACUUCUCCCCCGACGCAGACAUCCCACUCUCUUCCACCCAAGAGGAAACCGCACCUGGAUUUCUCGCCCGAAACGGAGAAAUCGUCCUCGAGACGCUGGCCAUCCCUGGCGAUCUGCCGCUGAAGUCGCUGCAGGCCACGCUCACGCCCACCACUCAUGUAAAAUGCUCCCCACAAAUUGCCCACAAAACCUACAGCAGCAUUUUGAAACAUCUGAAUUGAGCAAGUCCAUUUUAUUAAUAUUAAUAUUUAAAUAAUAAAGUGGUCAUUGCAAAUCCCUCCCGCCCACCCCUUCCAAAAAUGCCACCUGCGGCGAGCCAAGCAGGUUCUUUUAUUUUUAUUUUUUUUACAUGAUUUUCCCUGAAUUAUUUUGUAAGUUUUACUGUGUUAUUUUUUAUGUUUGUUUUUUUUUUUGUAAUCAUUUAUUAUUAAUAUUAUUAAUAUUGAGUAAAGCUCAUGAUCCAAUGAGCGUUGCUCUGUGUCUGUUGACACUUCUUGGCCCCCUCCCUUGCUUAAUUUUCAAAACUCUUCUAUUUAAAUCAAGACAAACAGGAAAAGAAAUAAUUAUACUGAAUAAUAAUAAUAAACUGGCAUGCCAUUUGCACACGGCGUACUGUAGAUUCAUAUAGAGGAAAAAGACAAGAAAGGCUUAUAAGGAACACAAGGAACGGGAGUAUUUAACGCAAGCGGAGAGAAAGCGAGGGAGGAAGAAUGCACUAAACGUGAGGGAGACGUUGUCACUGACAUUUCUGUCUUUCUGGCCCAACAAAAAAAAAAAUAAGUGGCCUUCCAGUUUGACCCGCCUAGAGGACAGAAGCAGAAGCCGUUUUCAGUCUCUUCUGAUUAUCGUUUUAUUUUUUCAUCCUUUAACAUAUCUAACAUAUUUAUGUGAGUAUUCCUUUUCUUCCCUCCUUUUUCGGGAACCGCAAGGUCGCCCCUCCCUCGAGGUGACCCGAGCAUACUGUAAACACUUGUGUUGAGUUUAUCGCGAUGCCAGCAGAGCAGCCGUUUUAAAGUGUAGGUUCGUUAAAACGUGUUAUCUACCUCAAGAGGUAACCGCAGAUGGAGCGUAUCGGAGCUGUAGUGCUUUACGCAAGACAUUCACCCUGUAACACCGCUCAGUGCGCAGUGACUGGCGUUUUUCUUUCGUUUCUUUUUUAGAAAAAUAAAUUUUGCAUUUGCCAUAGUGAAGUGUUAAGAUCAUUUAUUUAUUUUUAAGCAGAUGUGAGAUAUUUAUUUUAAGAACCGUUGUAAUUUUCAGUGUGACUGGCGACUGAGGCAUUGAACUUCCAUCCCUUCGUUUUUCAGCGCUGCGAGUUCGUGUGAAUGAAUGAGUGAGUGAGUGAGUGAACGGCUGGAGGCUCCUCAUCCUUCUUACGUUGUAGAGAUGCUCUCCGUUUCCAGCUUUAGUUCCUUUUGAGGAAAUCUUUCUCGUUCUGUUCGUUUUUCCUGUAGGUGCUCUGCGUGAGAGGAAAUCUGGCUUUAUGAAAUCUGAUGCACCUAAAAGUCUUAAUUUGUUUUUCUUUUUUACAUAAAUGUGUUUUUGGAUUUGUGUGCAUGGAAGAAAAACUAUGGAAGGUAAAAACGAAGUGUAUGGUGAAGUCUUCAUUUUUAAUUUUUAUUUUAAUUGUGUGUUUUUAGUUUUUUGUUAGUUUUUUUUUGUUUGUUUUGGUUUUUUUUUUUUUCCCCCCCUUUCCAAACGAGCAUGAUUGAAAUAGGUUCGGGUUAUAGCAUGUAGAAGAUCUAUGGACUACUUCUUCCUUUUUUUAUUUUUAUUUUUAUUUUUAUUUUGAGUUGACUCAGUUCUGUUAUCAUUGGUUCCCCUGUAAGAUACUAUUAAUAAAAUGGCCAGCAAAAUAUA